GGCACGCUCCUGGACACAACUAUACUCAGUAACCGUCACGGAGAACAGCUCGUUCUAAACCAAGUGGAAUACCUUUCUUUUAUUUCAUUAAUCAUUCCGGAUACUCAGAACCAUGCCUGUGUCAAGAAUGCGCAUGCGGCCCUGGUUAGAGGAUAUGAUUGACUCGAACUCAGUCUCUGGACUUGUCUGGGUAGAUAAGGAGAAAAAGAUGUUCUCCAUUCCUUGGAAGCAUGCUGCACGCCAUGGAUGGGAGAUGGACAAAGAUGCCUGUCUGUUCAAACAGUGGGCAAUCCACACAGGCAAAUUCAAGCCAGGAAUCACUGAACCUGACCCCAAAACAUGGAAAGCAAACUUCCGUUGUGCGAUGAACUCACUGCCAGAUAUUGAAGAAGUGAAGGACAAAAGCAUCAACAAAGGCUGUGAAGCUGUUCGUGUCUACCGUAUGCUUCAGGUUGUCAAGAACAAGAGUAAGAGAUCAUCUAAAAGUCAGGACAGCAGGAGAAGGAAAAAGAUGAGGAAGAUGGAUGCAGACAUGUCUUCAACUGAAGAGCACGUUUACACCAACAAACAGCAGCAAGACAUGAUCACUCAGGAGAACACCAUAGACAGCACUGAAAGCAUGAAAACAGCAAGCCCCACCUACGAUGUGCCUGACUGCUCGGGUUAUGAAGUGGAAAUCGGCCCUGACAGCACAAACGAUAUCUACACUGGGAGGUUCCAGGUUUCACCAGUUCACACAACGGACUACGAGGAAAAAGCUAUUGUUGAGAUCACACGGCAAUUGGAGCUUGAUAGUUCACAGUGGCUACAAAGCAAUAGCAGCGGAAAGGGGUUCCUGUGCAAUGAAGUAGCCACGACAGAAUCUUACCACUGUCCAGAGAGCCAAUGGAGUGAUACCUCAGGAGAGGAGCUUGAGCUACGUUUUUACACAGAACUGAUACCAGGACUGCCCAGUGAAGAUCUCUUAAACUACACAGAUAUGUGGAACAGCAGCCCUCACACAACUGGCCUUCCACAAAUCAGCUGUCUACUCUGAGAUCUUCUCUGAUACUCAGCCUGUACAUUAUCUCAUUACCUCACGUUCUAGGUCUGUCCCUCUGACCAUGAAAUCAGUCCACAAAAUGUCUUGUAUGAACUACUUCAGCUUGGUUUGCCAUAAAGUGUGAAGUUUUAUGCUGGAGGAUUAUGUUAGAGAUUUUAUGGUCAUCAACGGAACAGUUUUCUAAUGCGUUGUUCUCAAUUGUAAAGGAUAAUGGCUUGUAUAUAAACAUGUUCAUGUAAUUUACUGUGACAUUUGGCAGGAUCCGUUACCUACACAUUAGGGUUUUAAGGCAUUUUCCUCUGAAAACUUUAUAGGAUAUCUCUAAUGAAUUUUUAAGUUCUUGUGCGCUUGGGUGAAAAUUCUUCACAACAUGUAUAUAGUGUAUAAAUGAGUUUAUAAUAAAAAAAUGUGAAAAUUGUAAGUUG